AUGGAAGCAGAGAGUUUAGCACAAGCACGCAAAAUCAAAUUACAAGAGGAAGAUAUAAUAGAUAAGGAACGUUUACUUAAACUAAAAGUGGAAGAAAUUAUUAAUCUUAAAGAAAAGAUAAAAGAUAGUAACUACGAAGGAACAAAUCAGACACUGAAAAAAUUUGGAUAUGUGGAAAGAUUGGUAGUCAAACGUAAUUAUAAAUACAAGACUGUUCGAACUGAUAUCCGUCUAACAAAAGAAAUGGAAGAAAUUUUCAUUAAAGGCGGUUCAAAUAUUACGGUUACAAAAAAUGAACGGAGAUAUUUUUUGAGGAUAUUUGAUGCGACAAUCGCGGCGAACGAUUUGUUAAAGGCCAUAUACAAAUCAACAAUGGAAGAAGAUAUGGGAAAAGGUCUACAGAUGAAAGGACAAGACGAAAUUAUAGGAAAGAACGGGGUCUUGACAAAGCUACGGGGUAGGGACGUAACAAGUGAAGGUGUAUAUCAUAUAUCGGAAGACAAACAAUUUAUAGAUGCACCAACAAGUCCUAAAUUAUCGGCAGCUUUGGUCUCGACAGUGCCUAGAAGUAAAGAAGAACGCAAAAAUUACAACAAAUUGAAUGAGGAAUUUAGUGAAAGAAUCGAGAAAAUUAACGAUGGCACAUUAGCUACGAGUUUGAAAAGUAAUAAAGAUACAGAAUGGAAAAGACAAUUUAAACGAAAAUAA